AUUCAGUUUGUAUUCGCAUCUCGCCGGCGACGGACUGUUACAAAUAAUACCUCCCAAGGUAGUCUCUAUUUUUAUUAUUUUGACUGCGUAUAGCUCUCUGGGUUUAUCGCUCUAAAAAAGAUGACUGGCUCUCUGUGGCUCAGUUUGGUACUGAGUCUGGCGAUAUUCGCUCAAUUCCAAGUGAACGCCGCCUCUAAUCUGGUUUGCUUCUAUGACUCCGAGGGCUUUCAGCGUCAGGGCCUGGCUCAGUUCUCGAUGACGGAUAUGGAGCUGGCCCUGCAAUUUUGCACCCAUUUGAUAUACGGCUAUGCGGGUGUUAAUGCCGAUAAUUUCGAAAUGCAGAGUAUAAACAAGCGAUUGGACCUCGAGCAGCGUCAUCUGGCUCAAGUGUCCAGUUUAAAAGAACGCUAUCCCCACAUCAAAUUCCUGUUGAGUGUGGGUGGUGAUGCAGAUCUAAACGAUGGAAACCAGUAUAUAAAACUUUUGGAAUCGGGACAGCAGGGUCACAAGCGCUUCAUCGAAUCCGCUCGGGAUAUUGUGAGGCGUUAUAAUUUCGAUGGACUGGACUUGGCCCUCCAACUUCCAAGGAAUAAGCCACGCAAAGUGCACGGCGAUGUUGGUUCUGCCUGGAAGAGUUUCAAGAAGUUCUUCACUGGUGAUUUUAUUGUGGACACUGAAUCGGAGACACACAAAGGACAACUGACAUCCCUGAUCAAGGACUUGAAGGCCGCUUUGAAUCAAAAUGAUCUGUUGCUGAGUCUCACCGUUUUGCCAAAUGUUAACUCAAGCUGGUACUAUGAUGCCCCCUCGAUUGCGCCCAGCUUGGACAUCAUCAACCUGGGAACCUUUGACUUCCUGACCCCGCAACGUAAUCCCGAGGAGGCGGACUUUUCGGCGCCAAUGUACGAGACCGUUGGUCAGAAUCGCUUGGGCCACUACAAUGUCAACUUCCAAUUGGAACACUGGCUGCUCCAGAGAGUUCCUGCUAAUAAGCUGCAUAUUGGCAUUGCCACCUAUGGCAAGUCCUGGAAAUUGAGCAAGGAUUCGGGAGACUCUGGAAUGCCAGUGGUUACAGCUACCCAAGGACCUGCCCCCGCAGGACCUCAGAGCAAAAAGGAGGGCUCUCUCAACUGGGCUGAGAUUUGCCAGCUGAUGCCGAAUCCCAGUAACAUAAAUGCCAGAGGACCCGGUGCUCCGGUAAAGAGGGUUAUAGAUCCCACGAAACGGUAUGGCAGCUACGCCUUCCGUGCCGCCGAUGAGAACGGAGAUCACGGCCUGUGGAUCAGCUACGAGGAUCCGGAUUCGGCAGCCAGCAAAGCCAAAUAUGCCAAGGACAGGAAUCUGGGAGGAGUGGCUCUCUUCGAUCUAACCCAAGAUGAUUUCCGUGGUCAAUGCACCAAUGAUCGCUUCCCCAUGCUGCGUGCCAUCAAGUACCGACUUCUCUAAACCAUUUCCCAACCAUAAAGACAUCAACAGCACGCAAAUGUCAGUGGGAAAAUUGGGGAAGUGGAGGUGGAAGGGAACAAAUGUCACUCGAUCGGUGGCUUAAGGCCUCCUUCUGUGUCUGUCCCUUUUUGCAAAUUAAUUACAAAGUUGUAAACUAAAA